ACGUGCUGUUUAGACUACACGCCAAUAUGCCACUGGAAUCUUCAAUAUAUCAACUCGUGUUCUUUGUCGAAUCGUAGACACUGUUGUUUUGUAACAAACUGGCUAACUAGAUAUUCGUUUAUCUGUUCGAACUUUAUCCGGAGUGUUUGAUGUGUGUGUUUGAUCUUGAGUCUUUAUCAGCUCAAUUAGAUCGCGGCCAUGAAGAGAAUCCAGAUUCUGAUUUUCUUGAUGAUUUUUGUCGGACAAGUUCAGUUACAAAGAUCGCACAUUGCUGACCGUCCCGAAAACAUUACAAAUAACAGUGAAGAAAAAGAAACCAUUUUAAACGAUAAGGUCGGCGAUCGCAAAGAUGGACUCAGUAUCCUAGAAAAGGCUGCUGCAAAUAUUGCCCGAACUCUUAUAUCUAAAACUAAGCAGAGCUAUGGGCUAGUGAGACCCUAUAACUCAAAAAACAACACAAGAGAAUACAAAAGUGGUCAAAAUUUAACAGAUCUUAAGGGGAGUGAAACCAGAGGUAAGAAUGACCUUGCUGUUAGCAGAUUUCUUGAAAAACAAACUGACAUCCUUGAACAUCGGCGUAUAGUUCACAAUAACAAUAAAUCCAUGCUCGUGAUAGGUAUUCCAAUUGAAGCCUUGACUGUGUUGAAAUCAGCUGCAGAAGACCAUGUUAAAAAGAUUGGAAUACCAGAGGAUUAUAUCCAAACUGAAGAAACGCUUGGAAAGGAGGUUAAACCAGAAAGUCCCACUUUUUUUGAAGAAACCAAACAUACUCGUUUUCACGCGAACAAUCAAGGAGCUUUUGGUGGAAAGAAAUCUAAUAGUCAAGCGAGACUUAAUCAAAAAGAAGUUUUAAUCUUGUCUUAUGAUAAACCUGAUGACCUGAAGACUGCAAAUGAAAAAAACCAGCAGCCAGUAACAAUUCACCAAAACCUCAGAAAUGACUUAAAAUAUGCAGAAGGUCAGGGAAGUCAUAUUUCUAGCUUCCAUGAUAUCGCAUCUGGUCUACAAAAUCCGAAUAAACUGGUGACACCAAAUGCUCCUAAUCCUCAGAAGGAUUUUCAGAAUUUUUCACCUAGUGUUAAUAAGGGGCACACUUAUACACAAAAUUCUAAUGAACAGCACCAGAUAGUGAGUAACCAAGGAAACCGAAAUUCACCAGAUUAUGUGCAAAAUAAUAAAUUUGGGAGAAAUUAUCAGGGUGGCUUACCUUCGACAGGCUUGAAGUCUGUAAAACAGCAUAAGAAUCAUGAACUCGGAAGUUAUGAACAUUCGGGCUACCCACAAGCAUCCACAGCACCAAUUUAUCAAAAACCAAAUGUAUUCAUACCCCCUGGAAUAGGCAAAGGUAUUUAUAAUAAUCGUGGCCAAAAACAUUUCAAAGGAACCUUUUCUGAGUUUGGGGGACAUGCCAAUGUUCCAUUUGGACUCCCAAGGUCGCGGUAUAAGCCAAUAGUUAGUGUUACUAAUUAUGGACACAAAUAUCCAAAACAUAUUGUAAUUAAGAAACCCAAGUAUACUGGAGGAUAUCCUUCCAUUUCUGUUGGAAGGCCGAACUACUUGAGUAUCACUGGGCCUUCCCUUAACCCCCUUAGAGGAAAUGCUGGAUAUCACAUCGAAGAUGAUGAUCCAUUUACUGGUCUUGGAGGACUUGGACUAGGACUGGGAUCAUUAGGCGCAUUUGGUAGCCUUGGUGGCAUCAAUAAAGGCAUAGGUCUCACUUCUGGAUUUGGUUUAUCAAAAGGUCUUACCCUAACCUUUUCAGCAGGUGGAAAGAAGAAAGGAUAUGGGCACAAUAAAGGUCACGGAGGAACGGUAGCAAUCUAUAAGGGACUACCUGCUCCAUAUACUCCUCCUGCUUACAGGAAAGCCUUUUCUCAUGAUCCUCAUGAAGGAAGAGUAAACCAUUACUCUAGUUCAACAUCUAUUAGCCACAUUGAACCACACCUUAAGAAAGUCCCUAAUCUUAAAGAUACUAACAUGCCUAAAAUACACAAUAAUGGAUAUGGUGGUGCAAAGUCAGUUUUGCAAAGCCCUAAACAGGCGUAUAAUAGUGGACAACUUCCUAAAGGUACGUUUAGUGAUGCUAAACCAGUUUCUAAAGGUCCAGACAGGAAAUAUUUUGCUGACCAACCAGUUCCUCAAGGCUUUAAUGGGGUGUAUCAUAACUCUCAACCAGCUCCUCCAGAUUCUACUAUAAGAUAUGAUGGUGGCCAACCAGUUCCUCAAGGAUCUAAUGUAGUUUAUAAUGGUGGCCAGUUAGUCAGUCAAGAUACUAGUGGAAGAUAUAAUGGUGGCCAACCAGUUCCUCAAGGCUCUAGUGGUGGGUAUAAUGGUGGUCAACCAAUUACUCAAGGCUCUAAUGUAGUGCAUAAUGGUGGCCAGCCAAUUAGUCAAGGUACUGGUGGAAGAUAUAAUGGUGGCCAGUCAGUUAGUCAAGGUACUAGUGGAAGAUAUAAUGGUGGCCAACCAGUUCCUCAAGGCUCUAGUGGUGGGUAUAAUGGUGGCCAGUCAGUUAGUCAAGGCUCUAGUGGUGGGUAUAAUGGUGGCCAACCUGUUCCUCAAGGCUCUAGUGGUUGGUAUAAUGGUGGCCAAACUGUUCCUCAAGGCUCUAGUGGGGGGUAUAAUGGUGGCCAAACUGUUCCUCAAGGCUCUAGUGGUGGGUAUAAUGGUGGCCAAACUGUUCCUCAAGGCUCUAGUGGGGGGUAUAAUGGUGGACAGCCAGUUCAUCAAGGUACGAGUGGAGGAUUUAAUAAUGAUCAAUCAGUUACUCAAGGUACUAUUGGUGGUCAACAGACUUUGCACGGCUCUGUAGGAGAACGUGGUGAUACUCGACAGGGAUCUAGUGGAAGAUAUACGAGUGACCAGUUAGCUCCUCAAAGGUUUAAUAACGAAAACAGUGGUGGUCAACUAAGUCUGCAUUCUAAUGGUGUACGCCAACAAGUGUCUCGAGGCUACAGUGGUUGAUGCAUAUUGACUCUUCAAUAAAUUAAUUGAAGAUAUAAUAGAAACAUUUUGAGUAUU